AUGUCUGGAGAAGAGGGCCUCCUCCUCCAGACCCCAUGUUCACAGCUGCUUGAAAGACCCCUUGGCAUCUCCCAGGAGCUGGUCGUCCGUGAGCUGUGGCCCACACCCUCGGGGAGGAGCUGGGGUUUCAUUUCAGGAUCUCGGGAGGAGCAGGCCAGGCUGGCCCAGAGGCCCGCGGCCGAGCGGGCGGGGUGCGGCCUCCUCGUGACCGCGUCCCGUGAGAUCGCUGGUGGCCGGAAGGGACAGAAGCUGUGGACGGCCACCACGCACGAGGUCCUGGGUCACACGGACGUGGUGACCAAACAUCCACAUGUGGACAACAGCUGUCUCCCGGACGUGGCGGCUUGCUCUGGAGCUGAGGGCUCGGCCCUUGGACCACCUGGGUCAGGGGAAGUGGACGUCCUCCUGGAAGAGGCUGUGACGGCCGGAGACAGAGGCCUCUCUGCACCUGAGAUGACCCCGGGCCCCACCCCAUAUGCCCCCACCCCGUGCCAGCCGCCUGGUCUGGGCCUGGACGGCCGGGAAGAGCGGCCCCACCGCUGGCAUCAGCCAAGCCCUCCCUCGGGCUCCAGAGCUUCCGCUCCCACCCAACACCCAUGGCGCCUCGGGCGGGCCACGAACCCACGGGACAGACGACGGGACGGCCGCUGUCCACACGCACCGCAGGAGGGGGCCGAACUCGGCACCUCCCCAGAGACUCAGUAG